GGCAGCUAGGCAGGAGGAGAGACAUGUUGUCAGUUGGGAGUCUCCAUGCCACAGUGCCUUGAAAGGAAGCUGCUUCUGGAAAACGGUCUCUGCAUAACCACUGCCCUGUGCUUCCCUAGUCCUGCGACGCUGGGUGCCUGAGUCAGCUCUAGAGCAUCCUGCUGGAGCCGGAACCUGGACAGCCCAGAGGAAAAAUGACAGUGAAAACCUGCAACAUACAAAAAGCACUAGCCUGGUAUUGGAGAACCCUUCCAAGGAUUUUUUUUCUCCUUCUACUUUUCAUAAUAUUGUUUACCAUUAUUUGGAAAAAGAACAAAGAAGAAUGUAACUGCUUUAAAAUGGGAAAGCCUGGAUUAACACCAUUUAAUGCCACAGCUGGAGAGAAGGAGACGGCUGAUUUGGAGGCUGCUGUUUGCGAGAUGCCACAAAAUCAAAAUUUUACUGUAAAAGGAACUGUGAUAGAUCCUUUACCAAUUCCAUAUGACUAUAUCUUAGGUUCUCGUCCUACUAGAAAAAGGUACUUAUCAAUUGGGAUUUCCUCCAUUCACCGGAAGAAUAAAAACUAUCUAUUGCAGACAAUUGAAUCCAUAUUUAGUCAAUCCAGCCCAGAGGAGAUAAAAGCAAUAGUCUUAGUGGUCUAUCUAGCAAACAAUGAUUCUACUCUAAACAAGCAAACAGCCAAGGAGAUAAAAGAUCAAUUUAGUUCACAUACUGAUGAAGGAAACCUUCUUGUUGUAUGCAGCUCUUUAGCCAGUUACCCUUCUUUACAAAGUCUGCAAAGGAACUUCUGGGAUAAAGAUGAAAGGAUCCAGCACAGGUCAAAACAGAAUGUGGACUAUGCUUUUUUAGUUAACUUUUGUGCCAGCCUCUCUCAUUAUUAUUUGAUGUUGGAAGAUGAUGUGGUUUGUGCCAGUGGUUUCCUUUCCAUAAUACAACAAUUUAUACAUGAACGGAGGGAGCCCUGGACCACAGUCUCCUUUUCAACGUUGGGCUAUAUAGGGAAACUCUAUCACAAUGAAGAUCUUCCCAAACUGGCACGAUUCCUGUUGCUGUUUUAUGAUGUGAUGCCCUGUGACUGGCUCUUAGAACUUUUUUACCAAUCCAAAGCACAGAAAGAAAUCAUUACCUUCAGACCUUCUCUUUUUCAGCACAUUGGCAGAAUUUCAUCUUUUCACACUAUGGAAAAUGCACUCAAGGAUCCAGAGUUCCAAGAAGAUUUUGGGGAUUUUGGAGACUUCCCUGCUGCCUCCUGUUACACAGACAUACCAGUGUUUGAUAACUAUAUGCCUGAAAAAGUCUGUCCACCUGGCAAAGGUGUUUUUUGGGGAAGGAAUGUAUUAUCAGGGAGCACCUUUACCAUUGUUUUUGAAACACCUAUCAUUCUCCAGAAGAUUCAUAUUUAUACAGGGUCAGCUGAAUACAAACAGGACAUUCUGUAUUCAGGUUACCUGGAACUGGGCAAAGUGAAAAUAAAGGAAAAUGAUAGUGCAACAUGCAGGAUUUUCAGAAGAGCAGGAGAUUUUUGCAAUGGAAAAUUUGAACUGGACAACUUUGAUCAAGUUAUGGAGGAGCAGAUUCACUGCCUUCGAAUACAGGUAACAGUCACACAAAAGGAAUGGCUAAUAAUAAGGAAAAUAAAUAUUUGGGUAAAAAAGGAUUAAUGGAUUAAAACUCAGUACCACUUUGUUUAAAAAUAGAAAGGAAAUCCAUAUUAUACAUUACCUUGUAAAAAUCCCUGGAUUUACUAUUUAUUCUGUAACAAAAGCAACUUUGCAAUUGUUUAAUGAAAAAGAAAGCCAGAUUUGAGAGGCAUUUCUAGCUCAAAUAAGGAAAAUAAACUUGUACACAAUACAUUAAACUUGUUUCUGCCCUAAUGUAGUUGUGUCUACA